CAGAUUUUAGUACUGAACUAGACGUCAUCGGUGACGGCCGCGUGACUUGAUUGGGCUGGCAAGGUGAAUCGAGUGAUUGUUGGGGAUUGAUAGGAACAGAGAUUUUCCCCCUAGUCAGUGUAGUUUUUGGUGCCACGGUACGCCCUUGGGCCAUGCGUUGCGCUUCCGUGUGUGUAUGCGAGGGUACAAGAAACAUUUUGGUGGGUCAGCAGGACGAAUAGUGAAGCUGCAGAGUUUGGCCGCCGAUGGCAGCGAUGACAACAUUGUCGGUGGCAGAACUAAUGAAGAGAUUGGGGUUGUUUUCGUUCAGGAUGCAGCAAAGUUGAACCCCACCCCGGAUCCCCGGAGCCAGCCAAGGAAUACUGAUGGGAAAUUAAACUUUGAAAAGCCGAUUCCGGGGAAAGUUGACUUGCGGUCGUGGAAAUCAGUGCGGUUCGGUGAAAUGUCUCGCUGCAAAGCGAGACUGAUGAAGUGACGUGCGCUGGGAAGCAGAAACGGGACGGGAGGGUAUCGAAUUAAAAUUUAAAAUCCAAUUCAAUCGAGUCGAAGAGUUGACGCAGAGUUUGAUUUAUUGUCAGGCUUCUCCGCGGUGACAGUUCGAGUGAAAGGUUUUCGGGUACGAUAUCGAAGACGUCCUUUGGGUGGGGCGGGGCGGCCACAGCUGAUGUGCUGACGAAAGGAACGUGUAUGAAGUGCUCUCGAUGUGAAGAGAAGUGUUUACGGUUUUCUCGUUCCUGGCAAAGGUCCCAUUCGUACGUAGAUAUAGAGUUCGCUCCGGAUUUGGUGCAAGUCAAUUCGAUUUAGAGGAGCUGCUUGCCUUUCUGCCACCGCUGUCGAAGCGAACGGAUAGAGAUAAGGAAUAGUUCGACAGCUACGUGGGUGGAUGUGCAUGCGAUAGUGUACACGAAUUGCGAUUCCGAGUGUUAUCGAUAUUCAAAUCAAAUGCCAUCUCCGAAGCUAUUUGUUACGGAGAUAGAGCAAUUUAUUGCGCUGAUAGAAGAAUAAAAAUUGAGUACUUUCAUUGUGUCAGCUAUUGGAUGUUGCACCCAGUCUAUGCUAACAUAUUUUCAAGUGGUGGAAGAACUCAAGCGAUGUAGCUGUCGGGUUCCGCGCCGCGCUCAUAACCAGUUGAUAACCGAACAUAAAUCAAGAAGAUGAAAUAUGCUCAUAAAUAAAGACUCGUAAAGGGAAUUCCUAACUUCUUAGCGUUCGUCUUAUCGGAAAUAUCUACAUGUGCUUUCUUCGUCCUAGUGAAAAUCUCGUGUGUUAGUGCUCUCUAGUGAAUAAGUGAAUGUCAAUUGUGCGCUGUUUCCAUCGUUUUCCCCAUCCAUUAAAAAAGAAGAUUAAUCCCGGUGAUUUUCCGUGAAAUUAAAUCCAAAUACCACCAUCACACAGUGUAAGCCACCGGAAGAAAAAUUACCACGUUUUGUGUAGAGCGGAGGGAGAGGAAAAAAUUAACAAGUGCUUUCCAUCUUUAGACGACACCCGUCAAGGAAAAACCUACGUGAAAUUUUCGCGCGCAUUUAGAACGAUUUCGCCGCCACCGCUGAGCACCCACAAAGUGUGAUGAAGAUGAUGGAAUUAAUCACGGCGACAAAGCAGACGCGUCAGCUGUCACCGUGUAGAUGCCGCUCUGCUUACCGCCUUUGGCGGAGCAGGUUGUCGUCGGGGGCCGUGCUCAUGCUGCUGAUUAUAACGAGUGCUGCCUGGACAACGACGGCGAAUGCUCAAACAUCGACGCAGACGGAGAAAAUUCCACUGGGUGCCAUUUUCGAGCAGGGUACGGACGAAAUCCAGUCCGCCUUCAAGUUCGCCAUGCUGAAUCACAACCUGAAUGUGUCGGCGCGUCGCUUCGAGCUGCAGGCCUAUGUCGACGUAAUUAACACGGCGGAUGCGUUCAAAUUAUCACGGCUCAUAUGUAAUCAGUUUUCGCGCGGCGUGUUCGCCAUGCUGGGGGCCGUCUCGCCGGAUUCCUUUGACACGCUGCACUCGUACAGCAACACGUUCCAGAUGCCAUUCGUGACACCCUGGUUCCCGGAAAAAGUUCUAGCCCCGUCGUCGGGCUUCCUGGACUUUGCCAUCAGCAUGCGGCCGGAUUACUACCAGGCCAUCAUCGACACCGUGCGGUACUACGGCUGGGAUCGGAUCAUCUACAUGUACGACUCGCAUGAUGGUCUACUGAGGUUGCAGCAAAUUUACCAAGGUCUACGGCCAGGCAACGAAACAUUCCACGUGGAAACCGUUAAGCGAAUAGCGAACGUGAGCGAUGCCAUCGAAUUCCUGCGGACUAUCGAGGAGCUAAAUCGGUGGUCGCGGAAGCACAUCGUGCUGGACUGCACCACCGAGCUGGCCAAGGACAUUGUCGUCAGCCACGUGCGGGACAUCACGCUCGGCAAGCGCACCUAUCACUACCUGCUGAGUGGACUGGUGAUGGACGACCGCUGGGAGAGCGAAGUGAUCGAAUACGGUGCCAUCAAUAUUACCGGCUUCCGGAUUGUGGACACCAGCCGAAAGUACGUGAAGGAAUUCCUGGACGGCUGGAAGCGGCUGGAUCCGCAGACGUCGCAAGGCGCCGGCAAGGAACUCAUUUCCGCCCAAGCUGCCCUGAUGUACGAUGCGGUUUACGUGCUGGUGGAAGCCUUCUCGAAAAUCGUUCGCAAAAAGCCGGACCAGUUCCGGGCGUACACCAUGCGCACCAGCAGAGGCCAGUUCAACGUGCCACCGAACGGGACCCGGCCGAUUGAUUGCAACGCGUCCGGUCGGGGUGUGCAACCGUGGGAACAUGGCGAUAAAAUUUCCCGUUAUCUGCGAAAGGUGGAAAUUUCCGGCCUUACGGGAGACAUAAGAUUUAAUGAAGAUGGCAAACGGCAGAACUACACACUGCACGUGGUCGAGAUGACGGUGAACAGCGCGAUGGUGAAGGUGGCCGAGUGGUCCGACGAGAACGGCCUGAUGCCGGUGGUGGCCAAAUACACCCGGCUGAAAACGGACAUGAACUACGAGCGGAACAAGACCUACAUCGUAACGACCAUCAUCGAGGAACCGUACGUUAUGCUGCGGCAGCCGGAACCGGGCGAGACGCUGGAGGGCAACGAUCGCUUCGAGGGCUACUGCAAGGAUCUGGCUGAUUUAGUGGCGAAAAAACUUGGCAUCAACUACGAGUUACGCAUCGUCAAGGAUGGCCAGUACGGCGCCGAGAAUCCGGACGUGAAGGGCGGCUGGGACGGCAUGGUUGGGGAGCUGGUCCGCAAGGAAGCAGACAUCGCAAUCGCAUCGAUGACAAUUACCUCCGAGCGGGAACGCGUUAUCGACUUCAGUAAGCCGUUUAUGUCACUCGGCAUUUCCAUUAUGAUCAAGCGGCCGGUCAAGCAGAAGCCCGGCGUGUUUAGCUUUCUCAAUCCGCUGUCGAAAGAGAUUUGGAUAUGUGUCCUGUUUAGCUACGUCGGCGUCAGCAUUGUCCUGUACAUCGUAUCCCGCUUUUCACCGUUCGAGUGGCGGCUAGUUAAUUAUAACGACAAAGGAAACGCGUUUGGCAUACUUGCAGGCGAGCAACCGGACGCCGUCCCGCAGGCUACGGUGAACGAGUUCAGCAUACUGAACUCGUUCUGGUUUGCGCUGGGGGCGUUCAUGCAGCAGGGCUGUGACAUCUCGCCGAGAUCCAUCUCGGGUCGAAUCGUCGGUUCGGUCUGGUGGUUCUUCACGCUCAUACUCAUCUCAUCGUACACUGCCAACCUGGCGGCGUUUCUGACCGUCGAGCGGAUGGUCACACCAAUCAACUCCCCCGAGGAUCUGGCCUCGCAGACCGAAGUGCAGUACGGCACGCUCAUACAUGGCUCGACAUGGGACUUCUUCCGGAAAUCGCAAAUCUCGCUGUACAGCCGCAUGUGGGAGUACAUGAACUCGCGGAAGCACGUGUUCGUCAAGACGUACGACGAGGGAAUCCGGCGGGUGCGGACGUCCAAGGGCAAGUACGCGCUGCUCAUCGAGUCACCGAAGAACGACUACACCAACGAGCGGGAACCGUGCGACACGAUGAAGGUGGGCCGUAAUCUGGACGCCAAAGGAUUCGGCAUCGCCACACCGCUCGGAUCACCGCUGAGAGAUCCAAUCAACCUUGCAGUGCUAUCUCUCAAAGAAAAUGGAGAGCUCACCAAGCUGGUCAACAAGUGGUGGUAUGACAGAACGGAGUGUAAGCAUACCGAUAAGCAGGACGCCUCCAGGAAUGAACUCUCGCUGAGUAACGUGGCCGGAAUAUUCUACAUACUCAUAGGAGGACUCCUGGUGGCGCUGGCCGUGGCCCUCGUUGAAUUCUGCAUGAAAAGCUCCAACAGGGCAUCCAACCGCAUUCCCCUAUCUGACACAAUGAGCUCAAACUCCAACUCCAAGAACAGGCUGACAAUGCCACCCACUACCCGGGACUACGACAACGGUCGAAUCGGGUACUACACUCCGUCGACGCACUCCGAGCCCGAUCCGAUCCAUGCCAACUCGCACACGCAGGUUUGAUGUAAGGAGCCGCCGGAGUUGCGCCUUUGACGGCCACCGUACGCUCCCACCAUUCGACAGAUCGUGGCCAACAGUCAACAUGACACGUCCACACUGUUGAAACAGCGACAGCUGGUGGCCGGCCCUGGAGCACCCCCUGGCAGCGUAAUGGGUCCUGGCCCUGGUGGAGGCAGCAUCGUGCACGAUAAUUCCGGCUUGUAAAGCUCCCACUCCUGUUCCGUAAAACACACAUCCGGACAUGUAACAUACAGUCUGCAAUCAGUGGCAGCGAGUUAGGAUUCAACCAACCUACCCUAAGAUGAAAAUGAAGUCAACUUGAUAGGAAUUCUAGGUCACAAUUGUAUGAAAAUGGUGUAAAUAGUUUAGUUUUUGUUAUGUAAUGUAAAAUUUAAGAACGCUAGGUAUUCAAAUUAUUUAACUAAAUCCAAUCGAAUUCGACCGAUUCUGCUAGUGUUCUGCGGAAUCGAAUUCGGAAGAAGCAAAACCAAAUGAACUGAUGAUCAAAUAAGUACAGCUAAAUCUCUCUGUUAUUCGUUUAUGGGAUUGAAUAAUGAAAAUUUCAAUCGAUCACUAAACAUUUAAAAUAAUUGAGAAUUUAAAAAAUCAAGAGUAAACUACUCCACGAGCAAACAGAUACACAGACAGUCAAACAUUGUAAAAUCAAAACAAACAAUAGUUUUACCUUUAAAAAAAAUCGUAAAUAGUGAAAUCCCACAGCCAGAAUACAAAACUACCUAUUCAUCAUGCGCAUUUCUAAAGACAAACCACAAAGUAUCAAUCAAAUAACAUGUGUAAAACUAUUUUAGCGCGUGUUAAAAAUUCAUCUCUACUCCUCAAAAGUCAUGUCAUCUAUUUUAGCCUGCUCCAUACGAGAUCCUAUCAUGUAUUACCGGUUGCGUACGACUUAUUAACACCGAUGGAUGACAAUGCAAUCAGAAUUCCAGUCAGUACUCUGCUAUUCUUCUUGUAAUUGUGAUAUGCUACCAUCUUUGCUCUUAUAGUCAAUGAUGAUCUAUUCAGAAUGGUAGCCAGAACAAUUACGCGAACAACAGCAGAACUCCAAUUACAGAAAAAAAAAUCAUUCGUAGCGUAGUAAAUCAAACCUGACCUGGGAGAGAGAGUUAUGAACUUAGAAUGAAAUGAAAAGUUGAAUGUGCCAUAAAUUAUUGAAAAUGGUAAACUAAAACACUAGUGACUAAACAAUCACGCAAAACCAUGGUACGUGAUACGAUAAUAAGGUUGAGAAACUUGAUAAAAAAAAAACAAGAAUAAUAUAAAUCUUGCAAAUUAUGAACGAAUGGUGAAGAAAAUAUCAAUGAAAAUCAAACAAAUGUGUUGAAUUACUCUUAACAAAACUAAAUCUAAGGUGAACACGGAAGAAGAAAAACACACAUAAACACAGCCCACACAUACAUACACAGAAACACACAACCAGUGGACAAUUUAUUUUUAUCUUUCUGAGUUUGUACAGCGAUUACUGAAACACUGUUUUUGUUGAGAAAAUGUUUUUGAAAUAAAACCGAAAUCUAGAAACUUUUA